AUGACUAGCAGCAGUGGCUGGUUUAAGAGCCCUGGACAACCUGCCUUUGACCCCAUGCAAAAAACGACUUUGCCAGCUUGGACUCCUAGGCGGCCACCGUUAAAGAAGUCAGAGUCUCGGACUGUAAGGCCUAAAGGGCCACCUUCUAAGAACUGGAGUGCACCAAGAGGGGCACAAACUCCAGCAAUUCCUUCAAAGCAAGACCUAGCAGAUUUCAUUGCAAGAUAUGAACAGGGAUCAAUAAACCCAGUGUCUGCCUUAUAUCAGUUUGCACAAAUGCACCAGGCACAACUUGAGUUUAAAGAAACUAAUGUGGCAGGCAAUAUCAUAAGGCCUUAUUUUGCCAUUUGUGCUGUGAUAGAUGGAAUUUCCUACAAGGUAGGACAGGGAAAAAACAAGAAGGAAUCUAAAUUAAAUGCAGCUAAACUGGCUCUUGAUGAGCUGCUUUGCCUGAAGCCUGAAGAGUCAGGUCCUUCUGGUAUUCCUGCUGAGCCCCAGACAGAGACAGCAAAUACUGUUCAUGUUUCAAGGAUUGGUUUUGUAGGAGGACAGCUUAUAUAUCAAAAACUUUCACAAACACUUGAAGAAGUAUUUAACAGCCUGACUGCUCACCAUCCUGAGUACCAUAGUUGUGGCAGUUCACUGGCUGCCUUCAUCAUUAAAAAAGGCAAGUCUUAUGAUGUUGUAGCCCUAGGAACAGGAGAAUGUAAUUACAGUCAGUACUUUCAGCGUUCUGGAAGAGUGUUGCAUGAUAGCCAUGCCAUUAUUACUGCAAGGCGUUCUCUGCUCAGGUAUUUCUAUAGACAACUUUUGCUGUUCUAUAAUGAAAAUCCAGUGAGGGCAGAGAAAUCCAUAUUUUGCACAGCACCAGGCUCGAAGCUGCUUACCCUAAACCAAAAUACAACUAUCUUUCUCUACAUGAAUCAGCUUCCAAAAGGAACUGCUCAGUUAAAAUCAGAGCUGUAUCUCAAACCACAGUCUCUAUCUGCCUAUGAAGCUAAUGAAGAACUGAGUCUCCACAUUGUUGUAGAAGGCAAGACUUACCUAGCUGUGUGCUGUCCACGUAAAACUAUUAAAGUGACCAGUAUGUCAGCUAGUGACAAAUUAACUAAGUGGGAAGUGGUUGGAGUUCAGGGAGCAUUACUGAGUCACUUCAUUGAACCAGUGUACAUCAGCAGUAUUCUUGUAGGAAAUGGAAAUUGCAAGGAUACAAAAGGACUAGAAAUAGCUGUAAACCAGCGUGUUGAUGAUGCACUUCUAUCAAAGCUUCCCAUGCCUUACCUGGUCAACAGAUGUCACAUUCAAUUGGUGAACACUGCAUACCCAAUUCAGACAGAAUUUCAAUGGGAGUAUCUUAGUUUAAACUGGUCGUUGUCAGAUACAUCACUGGAAGUUGUGGAUGGGUUGAGUGGAAAAACCAUUGAAAGUUCACCAUUCAAAAGUGGCACUUCCAUGGCAAGUCGCCUUUGCAAGGCAGCAAUGUUUAGUCGUUUCAGAGCUCUUGCUAAGGAAGCAGAACGGAAUGAUUUGCUGCAAGUUGCAACAUACCAUGAAGCCAAGAUUCAGUCCAAGUUGUACCAAAGAGCUAAAAGUUUAGUGCAGAGUUUCUUGGAGCAACAUAAUUAUGGAUCCUGGAUUGUGAAGCUUCCGUGUAUGGAACAGUUCAGUAACUGA